GCCAGGCCAGGCGGAGCCGGAAGCCGGCCGAGGCUGAGCCAGCAGCGGCUGAGGAGAGCGAAGGGAGGCGGCGGCGGCGGCGGCUCCUCUUUCCUCAUGGCGCUGAACCUGAGCCGGAACGGGCCGGCGCUGCAGGAGGCCUACGGGCAGGUCGUGGCGUCGGCCAGCCCCACGGACUGGGCUCUGUUUACCUAUGAGGGCAACAGCAAUGACCUGAGAGUGGCUGGGACAGGAGAUGGUGGCCUGGAGGAGAUGGUGGAAGAGCUCAAUAGUGGGAAAGUGAUGUAUGCUUUCUGCAGAGUGAAAGAUCCGAACUCUGGCUUGCCUAAAUAUGUGCUCAUCAAUUGGUUUGGUGAAGGCGUUAAUGAUGUGAGAAAGGGAGCCUGCGCCAACCAUGUCAGCUCUGUAGCAAACUUCCUAAAGGGUGCUCAUGUGACAAUAAAUGCUCGGGCCGACGAGGAUGUGGAGCCGGAUACCAUCACAGAGAAAGUGGCCAAGGCUUCUGGAGCAAACUACAACUUUCAUAAAGAAGGCAGCAAGUUCCAGGAGGCAGGUCCUCAGACUCCAGUGGGCUCAGUCUACCAGAAAACUAAUGCCAUGUCCGAGAUCAAAAGAGUCAGCAAAGAUAGCUUCUGGGCCAAAGCAGAGAAAGAUGAGGAGAACCGCCGACUAGAAGAGAAGAGGAAAGCAGAGGAGGAGCGUCAGCGUCUGGAGAAAGAGCGCCGAGAGCGGGAAUUGCAGGAAGCAACUUUGCGCGAGCGAAGAUUUAAGGAGCGAGCCAGUGAGAUAGAUGCUCAGAAGAAAUUCCAACAACAGCAGGAAACGGAGUCAGUCAAUAAAGAAAAACAACAAUGGAAGGAGCAGGAAGAAGAUCUCAGCAAGAUGCAGAAGGGUUUCCGAAGGAGGAGUGAGUCUGUGGAGAAAGCUCAGGAAGCAGCAUCAAUAAUAGGACAAAGAUCAGUGAAUCCUCGUGACAUCUUCAAACAAAAGGAGAGGUCCAUGUCCACAGAUGGUGCAGUCGUCAGUUCCCAGCCAGGCAAGCUGCGGAGCCCCUUUCUCCAGCAGAACAGUCAAGCAGAGGCUCCUGUAUCCCCUGUCCACCCUGCCGUGCAAGAUGUUCACCCUCCUCCUGUUGUCCGUUCGUCUGUACACGAUACACCUCCAGUCUCUCCCGUUCCUGAACUUGGUGAUUCUGUCAGGCAGAACAACUACAAAUCAGGCGCUCCAACCUACGAACCGGAAGAGAAACAUGAAGCUGUGUACGAAGAACCCCCUAGUGAACGAGUUAUCUAUGAUGAACCCCCUGAGGAACAGCCCGAAGAUACUAAAUAUGACUAUGUUGAUAGCUACCAACAAAACCUUAACUUGGAGGGAAAAGGCUUAUGCGCUCGAGCUCUCUAUGAUUAUCAAGCUGCUGAUGACACGGAGAUCUCUUUUGACCCUGAGAACAUUAUCACGAGCAUUGAGAUGAUCGAUGAGGGCUGGUGGCGUGGCUAUGGUCCCGAUGGUCACUUUGGGAUGUUCCCUGCCAACUAUGUAGAACUCAUUGAAUAAUUGGCCUUUGCCGGAGGAAGAAUGCAAGCAAUACCUGAAAGAACAACUCUUAUCAAAUCCAAUUCUUCAAGGUGGAAUUGUGUGGCUUUUUAAGAGUGAAGUGCUCAUUGCUCUGUGCCCCUGUC